ACUCAAAACAGCAAAGUUCCCAACUAAAUAAAGUCACCUUCAAACUUUAUGAACAUUUCAGCUGAUGGUCGGCACAUCAACCCCCUUUUCUUGUGACUUUAAUCUACUUCCUGGUCGCACUGGGAGAUUUGGAGCUAAGUUGCUAAGUGCGUUUGAUUGACAGACGACACAGUCCAGUUUGGGCUCCCACGACGCAACUACCCGAAACACAGACGGCAACGAAGGCGUGGUUGCCAAAACAUCUGGGCCAAUGGGUGCAGCAAGGAGGCGGGGCUGGCCAUUUCGCCGAAAAGGGGGAGCGAGUGUACAGCGGAGAGGUCUUUUCGGGUUUUGGGCUGGCAAAGUUUGGAUGCACCAACACGCCUAUUUGAUUGAAACACACAGGGAAAGGCAAAGAUGGGUUUACUGUGAACAAACAGAAAGAAUUGGGGGGUGUGGAGAGGAUAUUAUCUAUAGCCUGUUGUUGACAAAAAAAUAAAAAUAAACAAGAAGCAACAAAGAACUCAGAGGGGGAAAUAAAUUGGACCACAAAAUAAGCUAGUCCUUGUCUUUUUUUUAUUUUUAUUUUUUUUUGUGGGCAACGCAGCCCGAAGACAGAGGAGAAACUACCAACUAGCCUACAACCUCCAGUGGCCAGGAGAGAGAGAAAGCCAGGCUGGGUUCCUGGAGACAGACGCGGGAGAGACAGAAAGGAAAGGAUAGCAGCAGCAUUUUACGCCGUGGCCCCAGACAACAAGAGGCGACCAAGGAGGGAGAGGAAUUCCCCAGCACCGAACAAGCAGGUUGCCGGGGCAACUGUGUAGUGCGAGGAGGCGUGUCCUAUGUGACGGGGGGGUGGUGGCUUCAUAUUUGACCACGCCCCCAAGACACUAACAACCCAUCGCCGCGGCAACAGCGACUAGCCAGCCAUCACCGGGGGCAACCAGCACCAGCAGCAACACCACACACCUGCCCCCCCACAUGCUCACGGUGACCGUGGCCCUCUGCGGUGUGUGUGUGUGUCCCUGCGUUGCCGCCGCCGCCACUGCUGCUGCUGCUGCUGCCACCCCCGCUACUCCACUCUGCUCUGCUCCGCGUGCGAGCGAGUGUGUGUGUGUGUGUAUGUGAGUGUGCGUGCGUGCGUGUGUGUGUGUGAGUGCGUGAGUGUGUGAGCGUGAUGAGUGGCGAGCGGGUCCACAGUGUGAACCUCCAGAACUUCAGCUCGUCGGUGCUGGAGACGCUGAAUGAGCAGCGCCAGAGGGGCCACUUCUGUGACGUCACCGUGCGCAUCCAUGGCAGCAUGCUGCGCGCUCACCGCUGCGUCCUGGCCGCCGGGAGCCCCUUCUUCCAGGAUAAGCUCCUGCUGGGCUACAGUGAUAUAGAGAUCCCGGCCGUGGUGUCGGUCCAAUCGGUCCAGAAGCUGAUCGACUUCAUGUAUUCCGGAGUGCUGCGCGUCAGCCAAUCAGAAGCCUUGCAGAUCCUGACCGCUGCCAGCAUCCUGCAGAUCAAACGUGUCAUCGAUGAGUGCACACGCAUCAUGUCGGGGUCGGCAGGGGGCGGGUCAGGCUCAGGGCUUGGCACGGGGAGUGGAGACUGUUGCCAGGAGACCACGCCGCGCGGAACACCAGAGUCGGCGACGUCGGGGCCGAGCAGCGACGCGGAGAGCGGCUACAUGGCCAGCGCUACCAUGGCAACGCAGCAGGGGCUGGAGAGGGUCUACUCCUCGCUGUACGCCGGCGUUAUGCACAACGGCAAGGAGCCAGCAGGGGGAGCCAACACACACCACCCGCAGCACCACACGCAACAGGGCUACUUACACCCUCCCGGGGCCCCGGGACAGCCCCUCCACCCCCCCGGACAGGAGCCCGCCUGGGUCACGCGCAUCCACGAGCGCUCGCAGCAGCACAUGGAGCGUUACCUUAGCAACACGCCCGAGAGUUCCGGACACUGCCGAAAACAACCACGACCUGUCAGGCUACAGCCAGGUGUGCACAUCAAGCAGGAGGUUGAAGAGGAGUACAGCAGCUACUUGUCGUUCGCGGGCGGAGAGGAUGGAGGGGGUGGAGGAGGGGGGGGGGGUGGUGUGGGCGUAGGGGUUGGCAUGGUUACGUCUGGCGGGGGCGUUAACGAGAACGAGCCGAAAGGCGAGAGCUUCGACUCGGGCGUCAGCUCCUCCGUGGGCACCGAGCCAGACUCCGCCCCUGACCACGCCCACCACCAUCCGCAGCAUCAUCACUUCCUGUUUCCUGCCCGUGACGAGCAGUCGUCCGACGCCGAGGGGGGAGGGGCCUCUUCUCACGGCCACACCCCCACGCACCUGUCCGUCACCCGCAUUGAGGUCAGUGACUCUUCGCCCGAGCGAAUGAACGAGGAGACCGGGGGAUUAGGGGGCGGGGCCAGCCCUGUUGGCAUGGAGCUGAUUCCGCAGUCGCCAGGGACAACGCUGCCGCCGUCGCAGCUGUACAUGCGGGGCGAGAGCCCAGGAGGAGGCCUGAGACUGCCUCUCUCUCUAGCCAGCAACACUCAGGUCAUAGGCCCGUCUGCCAAUGCGUUUGUCCCUGCGAUCUUCGCGGCCGCUCAGCCCUCCAGUGCUACUAAGCCCUUCCUCUUCAGCCUUCCCCAGCCAAUGGGAGCGGGGGCUGGGGGGCAGUUUGUGACGGUGCCCCCCUCCGGCCCCCCCGGCGCCCACGGGGGCCCCCACGGUGGCCUGUCGCCCUUCGCUGGGGGGCCACACGGGGGUCACGCGGGGGGCAGCGGGGGGGUGGGGGCCGCUCAGCAGGGCGAGAAGAAACCCUACGAAUGCACACUCUGCAGCAAGACCUUCACCGCCAAGCAGAACUACGUCAAACACAUGUUCGUGCACACUGGUGAGAAGCCACACCAGUGUUCUAUCUGCUGGCGUUCGUUCUCCUUAAAGGAUUACCUGAUCAAGCACAUGGUGACCCACACGGGUGUACGCGCCUACCAGUGCUCCAUCUGCAACAAGCGCUUCACCCAGAAGAGCUCGCUCAAUGUGCACAUGCGUCUGCACCGCGGGGAGAAGUCCUACGAGUGCUACGUCUGCAAGAAGAAGUUCUCCCACAAGACGCUGCUGGAGCGCCACAUGGCCCUGCACGCCGCGGGGGGAGUGGCCAUGGAGGUCGGGGGAGGGGCCAUCUCGGCCGGCAUGGGAGUGGGAGGCGGCCUGCACGGCAUGGGCGGGGCCAUGGUUGCCGGGGCGCUGGCUGGGGCGGGGGCCGGGGGGGGCGUGAUGGUCGCCGGGCCGAUGGGGGGUGCUGGCGCGGGUGCGAGCGUUAGCGUUAGCGUGGUAGCGGCGGCUCCGGGCAUCAGCGCAGCGGUGGGCGGAACCAUCAGCUCGGUUUCCUCUUCCUCCUCGUCCGUCAUUGGCCUGCCCGGGGAGCCCGGGGUGGCUGGGUUGGCCAAUCAGGGCUCGGGGGCGGUGCCUGUGGUGUCGGAGGGCGCAGCCCACCAGGAGUCGACGACGUACGUGUGUUCCGUUUGUCCCGCCAAGUUCGAGCAGAUGGACGCCUUCAACGAGCACAUGCGCAUGCACGUCACCGACGGAUAGCCAGCCAGCCAGCCACAGUCCACCCGGCAACCAGUCACGUUCCACUCAGCCCAACCAAUCAAAAAGCUUUCAGUCCACACCUGGCAACCAACCAACCAGUCCAAAUCUUUCAGUCCACCCAGCAACCAAUAGAAAUCCUUUCAGUCCAAACAAGUAACCAGAGAACCAAUCAGCAUCAGCGGAAUACAUCAUGAUUCCAACUCCACCUUCUCAGAACACAGCCGGCCGCCUGACUCCACCCCUUACAGUUCCAGUACGACUCCCCAAAUCACACAAAAGAACUUCCUGUUUGUUUGCUAUGAACACAGAGGAGGAACACAUGAAUGGAGGAUAUGAAAAAAUAACUACAAUGGCACUAGAUUUUUUAUGUUCUUUUGUUUUUUCCUUUUUUUAAUUGUCUUAAGUGAUCUUUUUGAAGGCAAUGUUUGAAUAUAUAUAUAAAUACAUAUAUAUAUAUAAAUAUAUAUAUAUGUUGUUAGCACAUGUAUGCUAUUACUACUGGCACAUUUUUGAAAUAUUUUGUCUUUAUCUUACGAUGUUUCCCUUUUAAAACAGCGUGUUUAUGUGUUUUGUUCUCGUUGGCUUUAUGGUAUGAUUUGAUUUCUUGGUGUUAAGAAUUCCUUCAUUGUUGCCUUAAAGGCUGGUGUGAUGCUGGCGUGUCGACCAAUCCACUGGCUGGAUCGCGGCGACACAGCUGUUGCUAGGCGGCCUCUAAACCAAUCCGUAAUAAGGUGAAGAUGUGUGGAUGCUCUGACUGAGCUUAAAAUAAGUCCUGUGUGUAUUGCCGAUCACGUUAUGUGUUAAACACUACCAGAAUCUGGCGUUAAAAAAAAGAAAAAAACCUAAGAUUCAGAACUCUUUUCGCAUGCACACACACACACACACACACACACACACGCACACACACACACACAUUCAGAUGCCUGAAAGCCAGUUCCAUUCUCUCGUGCUCCACAGCAGUCUGAAGACGGGGGGCAUGCGGAGCUCUGGAGCAGGCAACUAUGGACACACACACUCUCUCUCUCUCUCUCUCUCUCUCUCUCUCUCUCUCUCUCUCUCUCUCACACGCACACCCACUCACACACACACACACACACGCUCUCUCUCUCUCUCUCUCUCUCUCUCUUUCCUUAUCUCUCUCACACACACACACACACACACACACACACACACACACACACACAGCUGUGUAGCUGGCGACUGGACAUAUCCACUCGUCCGCAGUUCUACACGUCAGCAGUCCAAUAUCACAGCGUUGUACUAUAGAAUAUUUCCAAGGCAUUGCCAUGUUACCGUUUCACAGUCUAAGCGUUGGAUAUCUACAAAUAUGUUUGGAUUUUAGCUGUAGACCGAACUUUGAACGGCUCAAAAAAAAGCGUUCAAGGAUAACUGUGGUAUCAAUAUAGUACAUGUUGACACAAUUUUAUAUUACUUUUAUCAAUGACACAAAGAAAUUACAAAAGAAAAACAAAACAAAAAAAAAGAAGAAAAAAAAAGCGACACAGAUAUGCCUUGUUCAUUUGUUCAUCAUUGUGGGGGAUUGUAACGGUGAGAUGUUGACACUGGGUUUGUGAUUAGUGAAGAUGACUCGUGUUGCUGUGCCACGAUGUUUAAUCAUGAUGAUGAUGAUGAUGAUGAUGAUGAUGAUGAUGGUCCUUUUUGUUAUUUAUUGGCCGUGUAGACGUGAGGGGAGAUGAUGGCACGUCAUGUUGCAGCUGUUCUUGUGACAAUUGUCAUUGUCAUCGUAAAAAAAAAGAAAAAAGAAAAGCACGUGGUACAAUUUGGCUUGUAAAGUAGAACUCCAGAAAAAUGGCAAACGUGGUUCUUUAAACGGUGUAACGGUUGAGAGAAUAAUGCUUUUAUGCGAUUAGUGCGAUCAGUGUGUCUCAUUUUAAUUUCAAACUUCAUCUUCAAAUUUCUUCAUUGUCGUGGAUGUUGAUCUUGUCAAUACUUAAGUAGAUUUUAUAGUCACUAUAGCUCGAAGGUCAACUUAUUCCACAUUUUGUGCUUGUUUUUAUAAAUAUCCAAAGCAAAAAAAAAAACCUUAGAGGAAGAAAAAACGUAACGCUUUAACGCACAUUAUGUUUGAUUGGUUUGAUCUGCAUCACACUGCCACAAGAAUUCCUUAUUGCAAAAAAAAAUAUAAAACAACAAAAAAAACUACACACACACAAAAA